UUUGACUUGGAGGUAACAUCCUAUAAGAAUAAAAACUACCAACAAAAAAGACUGAGUUGAAGGCCAUUUUUUAUAUCUGUGAACAAUAUAUCAGGUUAAUUAUGUUAAGGAUUUACCAGAAGUUCAUGUUUGUUGUGUGCAUGGCUUCAAUGAUGUUUUUAAUGUUAGGACUAUUACCUGAAACGAUGAGAGAACAAAAGGAACCAGAAGAGAAUGAAGGAGACGUUCUAUCAGUGGGAUAUAAUAGAAGAGGACAGUUCAUUAAUAGAAAUGGAUUUAUACAAAAAUGGCAUAUGAAUGCAACUGAUUUUCAUCCAUUUGGAAAUGACACAAGAAAUAGUAGGUUUAUAGUCGUGGAUCAUACAAAUCUUUCAAUAAAUGGUAAUCAUUUUGUAAACCAAUCAGCUAACACUUCAAAAGUGCGACCAGAUAAGUGCAAUUCAUGUUUCCCAAAAUUCACGUACAUCUAUAAAAACAAAAACUUGUGCUCAACAUAUGACUCCAAACAUAUUAAGCUACUUGUGAUCAUAUUUACUAUCCACAAUGACGUUAAGACGAGGAAUACGCUACGCAAAACAUGGUUAAGUAUUUCUAACAAUAACACAGGAGAGCUGAGGUAUGUUUUCUUAUUAGGGAAGCAUACUAGAAAAAAUAACUGGAACAUAGAGGCUCUUAAAGAAGCAAAAACACAUGGAGAUAUCCUCAUCAAAGACUUCAUGGAUGUGUACAGAAAUCUCACUCUAAAAACAAUGUCUGGUCUCCAGUGGGCUGUCGAAUUCUGCUCAAAUGCAGAGUAUGUUAUGAAAACUGAUGCUGAUAUGUGGGUGAACACUCCAAGACUUUUACACUUUCUUGAUUCGUUUAAAAUUAAAAAUGAAAUCAUUGGCUCCUGCUUUUCAAAGGCUAUGCCAGUGAGAAAAAAGACUUCAAAAUGGUAUGUUUCUAUGCAGCAAUACCCGUUUAAAUACUUCCCUGAAUUUUGUUCUGGCACAGGCUACGUCACAACAAUGCAAGUUGUUAAAGACAUAGUGAAAAUAUCACCUAAUACACCAUACUUUCACCUUGAAGAUGUCUAUAUAGGACUCUGUAUGAAGGCAUUGAAAUAUAAACUACGUUCAGUGAAAGGAUUCAAUCGAUAUAAAAUGAAAUUUUCCGCAUGUGAAUAUCAAAAAUUGAUUACCAGCCACCAUAUACCACAAAGUGAUAUUGAAAAGGCCUGGAGCACCAAAUGUUGGAACUAUUUGUGAACAGUUAGUUUAUUAAAGAUCAUAAUGCCAUUGAUCUUGUAUUGGACAAGACCUUUACAGAUAGACAUUAUUUGGUGAUAAGGUGGGCAUAUGAAAUUUAAAAUACCAAAAACAUUUCCAGAGGUUUCCAGAAAAUUCCAAA